AAUUCAGUCCGCAAAUAUAUAUUUCGACUGUGACAUACAGUCUUCCUCAGUGCUGAGAGUAUAACGGAAACCGAUAACUAUUUCUUUGAUUGAUCUCAAUCACUCUGCUAAGACGCUCGUUAUAGAUUUUCUAAAGGUACGCCACUAGAUAAUGGUCAAAAUCGCGAGUUUGUAACUUUACUUAUUGGAUUCAGAUUGUCUAGAUUUCAGAAAUGGCCCCUUACCCUGAAGCCUAUAGGAAAUCUCAUGAAAGCGGAACUGUAAAUUGUAAAAUACAAAUCAUAUGCAUUUUUCUUCGGGACAUGGAUAAUGAGAAAGAGUGAUGUUCAGAAUAUUUCGCCUAAAAACAAAUAAAGUUACUUAUAUUAGAACGUGUCACUGGUAAAUGGAACAUUUUACUUCUGUAAUCAGUGCGACAAGUGUACUAUGGAUACGGAGAGUGAGUCUCCUGUGUGCUGUGGUUCCGGCUGUACAAAUUGCAUACUCGAUCAAGAGAACCGAAAACGGAAAAUACCGAGCAACUUCGAUGGACCGAAUGUACUAUCUACUGGACACUACCAUCAAUUCCGGUGCACCCACAUCGAACCGGUAACAAACAGCACCUACCUGAUGCGAUUCCAGUUUGUUGCUUCGGAAGAAACUACUCAGGAGGUGAAACUUUUAAUUCCCCCCGGCAGUCAUUUGAUGUUGCGUGUAGAGCGAAACUGGCGUAACACGCCUCGACCUGUUAAUGAAUUAUUUUCAAAAUGGUGCGUUGAAACGUCUCGAGCUGAUGCGCAUCAAGCACGUGUUCAUCGCCAGGUGAGGCCCACAAUUGAAAAGUACGACAAAACUGAACGUGAUUUGUAUUUUAGUCGACCUUAUACGCCAAUCGUGGUCAAUCAAACCGAACGGUCCUUUGAUGUUCUGAUAAAGUUCGAAACUGGCGGAGAAAUGUCCCAGUAUCUGCUAACUUCUAACGUUGGUGACGUUCAGGAAUGGAAAGGUGUUUAUACUGGAUUUUGUUGGACACGGAACCUGUUCAGCCAUCUGAUAGGUUUUGUACAGGGCGUUGGUUUAGCUCCGGUUUAUUCCAUAAUGAAAAGCAUUCUGCAGGACGAGGAAGAUUAUACUAGACUUUGCUUAUGCUCGUGUUUUUCGGACAUUAGCGGGAUUAUAUUGAGAGACGACCUGUACAGCAUGACGAAGUUUUGGAAUUUUGAAUCUAAAAUAUACCUCUCCCGGGAGUCUUGCACCUGUGAUGAUGAAUCCCGCCGAACCUGUUCGUGUUUGUCAUCGAGAAAAAAAUACAACGAGCAAAUAUUCAAUCACAGAUUGGAAAGUAUCGACGUAGAAAAUUUAUUGCAAAAAUUCGCUCCGAAUUCGUUUCAGGUCCUAAUCUGUGGAACCGAAGCUUUUGUGGCGUUUAUAGAAACCUGUAUUUCGAAGUUAAAUGUAAGCAAUUGGUAUAAAUUUUGACAAUAAAAAACGAGUUUUAAAAAUUGAGU